UUUGCUUCUAGGAGGAAGUUUUGAGCUUUAAAAUAAAGCACACUGUGGGGACGGAGAAAGCUGCAGCAUCUGUGCGACAUGGAGGAACAAACGGAGUCCGUUAGAGAUGUCAAUGCGAUUCGUAAAUUAUUCCAGAACAGCAGGAAUUUAUCAGAUCAGGUGAAUUCCUCCCAAACAAAGCCAGAAGGUCAGAAAAUCAGCAAUAUCCGCUCUAAUCCAACACUCCAGAAUGUAAUUUCAUUUUUAGAAGACAGCCAAAAGCCUGCUCCUCCUCUUCAAAAGAAACCAGAGAUUGCAGCAAAACCGUUUGUUAUUCCUCGUCCUACAUCUGGUAUUGGACCUGUGACUGGGAAGCCUCGGAGAGAAUCAACUGGUAGCACAGGAAAUCCCAGAUUAAACACAGAAGAAAUGAAACUAAGUAAAAACUUCAGAUGUACCCUACACAUUAUGGACUCUCCUAAAAAGCAAGGAGACAGGAUUUGUGACAUUCCACCACCAGUGUACAACAAGCUAUCUACACCAAAUAGAACAAACCAUCAUGACUAUGGCAAUUCUGAAGAAUGCUACGAAACCAUCGAUCCCUCCAUAACUCAUCAGAAACCAUUGUUGCCUCCUUCAAAACAAACAUAUUUUGCCUCCUCAAUAGACAAAAGUGUUUUCCAUGAGAAAGAAUUAAACCGAUCACCAACAGAUGGCCUUACUGAUUACGGAGAAUGCUAUGAAAUCAUUGACCCAUCUAUAAGUAAUACAAGUCCAUUGUUGGCUUGCUCAACAGAAAAACCUGAUUCCUCGCCAAUGGCCACACAUUUAAUUCCUGUGCAAGAACUAAAUGUUUUGCCAGACGAUGUACCUGAAGAGUGCUAUGAAAUCGUUGAUCCUUGCCUGCUCAGUGAACCUCCAAACUGGAAAGUACAUCAGGAUAAGUCUCCAUCAAUGAUCAGUCCGAAAGUACUCACCCAAGAAGACUUCUAUGUAACUCCUGGCCCUCAUGAAGUGAGCAAAGCACAGUAUUCUCCCAACAAUCAACUAGCUGCUUUAAGUUCCCAAGUUCCAGCGCUGCCAGGGUUUACCAGUGAUGGCGAGUGUGCCAUGCCAGCGAGUAGCAAUCCAUCUUCAAAUUUCGGUGAGAAGUCGGCAGAGAAGACAAACCAUAGGCUAGGUCUGACAGGUUUAACGUCCUCUCAGCCGCAAGAAACGCAAGUCACCAACUCGCAUAGCGUCCCCAGAAUCAGACCACUUCCUCCUUGGAAAUUAAUGGGGUCAGCUCCCGAAAAACCAUCAAGACCCCCUAGUGUGGACCUUCAGAUCUUCCUAACACCAUUUCCCACAGGGACCAGGAGUGAGCCGGUUGGAUGUGAUCAGGAGGAAGCCUACGAGAGCUCUGUUACAAUGCAUGAGCUGGAGAGACAUCACAAAGAAUUUCCGGACGUCCCAGGGGAGGAUGAAUUAUUAUAUGAGAUAAGUUCUGAUGCGCUAGAGGAGCCUGGGGGUACGGGUGAGAGUGAUUAUAAGGUGUCCAUGGACGGCGCGCAGGAGUCCAGAUUUCAUGCUGAUAAUACUGAUGGACUUUCCUUUGGAGGUUCCGAGAGACACGUAAACCACACGUCACAAGAAACCAGACCUCGCAACGUGAAAAUUGGAAAAGCAGAGGAAACAUUGAGAAAAAGAGUUAAAAUAACUGGCUCUGAGAUUCCAAUCUACACGAUAGACGUUAAGGAGGAUGUCAGAGGGGGAAAGGACAUGCUAGAGGUUAAGAAGGGAGACCUGGUGGACAUAAUUCAGACCUUGGACUGCCCCCCGGGUAAAUGGCUGGCACGCAAUGACCGAGGCAAUUACGGUUUUGUUAUGGUGGAUAAUAUCGAUGUCUAUCAGGAUAUUUUGCACAUUGGUAACUCCAGGCAGAACUCUCUGGACGUUUACGAUGACAUUGAAAGUGGAAGAACAAUCGAUGGAUCCUAUUCAUCAAACAAUUCUUUUGAUGAUAGCCAAGAUCUCUAUGAAGAUGCUAGCAGCAGCAGUGGCGCAGUAUUAAACAGCUCUGGAGGAAAAAGUCUAAAGAACAUCUUCAAGAAGGACCCGAAAAAGGUUGACACCGGAUCCGUCUCCCCAACAUCUUUAGAUGGCUCAGCAAGUAAUGAUCAUUAUUCUGUUGACAUAAAUGACCGUUAUAACAGGGAGAAAGAUGACAAAAAAUCGACAUUAAAGGGAUUCUUCCGAAAGGCCACCAAUCAGAUUGCUGCUCAAGAGAAAGAUGGAAAGAUGAAUAAAGUAUUUGCUAAAGAAGAGAAGACUUUUCGUGACAAGUUCAAGUACUCUGGAGAUAUUGUGGUCAGUAAUACGGCGAUAGUCACCGAGCAAGCGAUUACCUCGCCAAAAGGUAAAUAUGGUCUGCCGGUGAAGCCGGGAGAAAGGCUCGAUGUCAUUGACGUUUCUUCAGAAAAUCUCAUCAUCUGUCGCAAUGCUGUGGGCAAAUGUAAGUUAUUACCUUCCUCCUCUCUGGACGUUGUGGGUUAAAUCGAAAUUAAAUAUCUACAAUCGACUUCUAUAAAUAUUGGGGGGAAAAAAGAUACACAUACAAUCCCUGCUUUCUGUGUGGGGGUUUUAUAGGGGUUUAUGGGACAAAGA